CCAUUGCAUAUACUGUCGCGUGCAUGGAUGGAUUGUGAUCAGUCUGAAAAAGGCAAACUUUGUACUGUCUGCAGUCACCCUCUACCAACAUUCGUCUAUCAAAGAGAUCCUUUCUCCUGGUGCCUCGUUUGCGGUCAACAUAAGGCUGAAAAGGCAGUAGUAGCAACGGCCAUGGAUAUCCUCCAAAGUAAAAUCAGCCGGUGCCUGACUAGACUCCAAAUGAACAAACUAAACGAACCCGAUGCAGAAAAGACGUUGAUAUUCAGCGAUUGACUUCCUCAUCUUCUGUUAUCCCACCUCAUCCGUGGCUUCGAUUCCGCCUCACCACGUCGCCGAACAUGGCCCAUUCCUCGACGAAUACCCCUGCCGCCAAACAUGUGGCAGGGCCAGUGAUGCCUUCAGAGUCCGAACUCGUCGAAUUCGACCACAGCGCCGCGGGCCACCAAGGCAUCAGCUCCAACGCCUCCGGGUCUCUCCUAAUCAAGCCGUGCACGCAAGCCGAGAUCGACUUCUACGAGUCCGCCAAAGACCACCCUCUGUUUCAGGCGCACAUGCCGACGUUCAUCGGGUCCUUGUCACAACAUGAAGACCAAGAAGCAGUCAAACCUCUACUGCAAGAAGCAGCGACCACGAGUACCGUUACCGCCGCCGUCCCAAACAACCAAGAUUCUGUUGACAACGACAACGGCAAUGCGGCCGUCGCCGACCCGACGUCCACGAUGCCAGAACUAGUAAAGCGCACCAGUUGGAAACCAUCAGGCGGCAAGAAACUGUCCACAGGGCUAGCGAUCGUGCUUGAGAACGUCACCGCUGGAUUCAAACAACCAAACAUCCUAGACGUCAAACUGGGCGCGAGACUCUGGGACGAUGAUGCUCCACAGGCGAAACGGCGGAAACUGGAUGAGGUUUCUCAGCGUACUACGAGUGGGAGUUUGGGGUUUCGCGUUGCCGGAAUGAAAUUGUGGUGUGGUCCUGAAACGACGGCGAUGGUCGGUGACCAGACGCCUAAAGACAACAAACACGAGGACAAGCAGGAGCAAACUCAACAAGACAACCUCCCGAACGGCAGCAGCAGCAACAACAACAGCAACAACAGCCCCGACGAACCGGAAUCAAAUGUCGAGUACAAGCGCGGGUAUAAAUCGUACACCAAACUCUACGGCCAAUCCUUCACCAAAGACAACGUCGUCGACGCGUUUACAACGUAUCUAGGCGGCGUGCGGUCGGACGAAACGACAGGUAAACCCGUGUUCAGGCGCAAGCACGCCCCCUUGAUUGCAAAGCGCUUGAUUCGCGAACUCGAGAGUAUACAGUAUUCUCUGGAAAACGAGGAGAGCAGAAUGUACAGCGCCAGCGUGCUGAUGGUUUACGAAGGUGAUGAGAGUGCAUUGGAGUCGGCACUUGAGGAAGAAGAAAAGGAACGGAAUGGCCAAACGGAAGAUGACGAUCAGGACGGCCGCAAAGAGGAGAAGGAGAAUGAGAAAGCAGAAGAAGAGGAGGAGGAGGAUGAUGAUGACGGCGACGAUAUUGUGCCCCAGAAGGUGCACGAGGUCAGGCUGAUUGAUUUUGCCCAUGCCUCGUGGACCCCCGGUCAGGGCCCGGAUGAAAAUGCCCUCCAGGGCGUUCGGAGUCUGAUAGGCAUUCUGAAAGGUCUCCUGGACGAGUAGCAGCAAGCAUUGCCCCUCUGGUGUGUGUCAUGACUACUCGUCCAGUACAUGAUGACAGUACCCCAUGUUGAAAAAUGAUCAAGAAGCGGAUUUUAACCAGAAACGGUCAAUGUAAUUUCUGUUAGAACUCUUGAUGCAGAUACAGUACCACCAGCAUUGGCUGUGACAUGUUCUCUAUUGAUGGCUGCUGUCUUUUUGAUCUGUUUUUUCUAUCCCAACCCGUCAUACGUUUAAAUUCAUUGUUUCAUAUUUUACUGCAGGGCCGGC